ACGAAGGUGUCGAGGUGUGCGCACGCAAACCUCUCAAAUACUUUAGCAACUCACUGCUAAGCAGUCGGCUUCGUAGUGCUAUAUACUUAUGGUAUUUGGUCGAGGUCUGUGAGUGGCGUGAUACGAAUAAUAAAAAGUGUUAGCAAACAAACGAUUUAGAAUUACAAUACUCCCCAAGUAUGGAUAGAACGUGUCUAGUGAUGGAACAGUGCUCAGCUAUUUUGCCAAGUAUACAAUAAAUUAUUUUAACGCUACCUAUUGCGUGAUAAAUAAUUAAAAUGCCAGGACACGCCAACAGCCCAUACUGGACCGCGGUCGAUUUUGACAGUGAAGAAGACGAUCGGUCUCCACCAUCUACUAAUAGAAUGUAUCUGGAUCCAUGGGACAGUGAUGCUAUAGCGAGAAUUCCCGGAGACUCUCCAGAUUCCGGUAGAGAGCAGUUCGACUCCAUCGCUGGCGAACCGGUCAGUGCCAGCUUUUACUAUGUCCCAACAAAAAAUUAUGACUCUUCGGAGGAGAAACCACAAAAACGCCCCUUUAAUCCAGAGGAAAUUUAUGGCCGAAGAAGAUCGAGAUGUGUACUGCCAGAGGGUCACGAUGUGCCGGUUUACACCCCAAGACCCGUGGCAGAAAGAAGACGGUCCAUGUACGUAGAAGAACCUCAAUUCAUACCUCACCCUUUGGUGUAUGAAAGUAUGUAUGGUCCUCUCCCGGUGCCACCGCCUGGUUACGUAGCUCUGCGACCUCGAGUAUCAUUAACACUUCACCCUGAUUAUAUACAAGCUAGUGGUCACAGGAGCAGAAGACAGUCAAGGAUGGCAGACGCCUACGAGAGCUUACCACAGGAUUAUGAGGAUUGGGCUCACCCGAUGCCUCACGCGGCCCCUAACAAUUUCCACCUUUCGAGGUACGGACAUUUGCAGAUCGAUUACUCCUGCAGCUGGAACUCUCUGGACAGGCUCAUUCGCAAUCAUUAAAACCAUAAUUCAUUGUAUAUAUUGUUCGUGUAACGAUAACAACAUUAUAUUGUCAAUAUUCCUAAGUUUACAAUAAAUAUACCAAAGAAA